AUAACAUCCCAAUCAAAAUCCACGACAACACUUCAUUCACUUAUUUUACUCAAAAUUACACGUUUUUCUCUCCUCCUUGUACCAUCUUCUAAUCGAUCAUUGAGUAAUUUCCCAAAUUUUUUGGCCAAAAAUUUGAUAUUAAAUUAGCAAAAUUAAGAAAGGGCUAAUCAUAAUAUGUCAAACAGGUCUCAGUUUUGAUCCAUGGGGGACGGAUAUAUUUCAGCUGAAAGAGGAACUGAGCACUUGGAUUCUAGGGUUUUGGACCCUGAUCCUGAAUUGGGUUCUGAGAGACCUUGGAAGCACGUAGAGCUUUUCAAUCAAAAGUAUAUGGCUAGAAGCCUUAGCCAGAAAAUGGCUGAACCUGCAUCGGAAUCACUUACAUACACAAGAGAUGAAGUUGUGGAAAAGAGAAGUUUGAAGAGUGGAGAAAUUUCCCAAUCUGAAGAGUUUGUUGCUAAAUUAUCACUUCAAACCACAGGAGAGGAGAGGGAUGACAAUAAUGAUCUCACAAGAAUACAAAGUAAACCAGAAAGAUAUGGAAUGGAGCCACAUGAGUCUGUGAUAGAAAAUACUACAAAGAGAGCUUUUCUCAACCACCAAGGGGCUAAAAGUGAAGAAUAUGGUUAUAAAGCACAGUUAGCAAACACAGAGGUUAGUAAUGGUACUAAUGGAUAUCUGCGCCAACAAAUGGCUAAGCAUGUGGAGAAUGAUAUCAACCUACCUGACUGUACACAGGAUGGAAAUGGUGAGAAGGAAGAUUUUAAAUUCCAGCAGAUAACUAGACGUGAUAAAUCUGAUGCUUAUUCUUCCGAAUACAUAGAAGAGAUUGGCAAGAAUACCAAAUCUGUAUACCCACAACCAGACAACACAGAAGCUGGUGAUGAAAAUUCGCCCUCAAAUGCUGGAGUGCAAAGUAAUCAGAGUCUAGAUUCAGAUGUAGGCCCUCAGAAAGGAAGGUACUUCUAUUACGAUACACCUCUUUUUGGAGAAACCGGAUCUUGGAUUCCUGUUUCUAUUCCACCAAUGUCAGAAAGUGAGCAUGACGAGUGGAGCAGAGGUUUUAGCUUAAACGGAGGGUACCUUCCGGAAGGGGAUAUGGGCUGGAGUGGGUUGGUAGGUGAAGACAAGGAAUUGACCAUGUGGGAUGUGGUAUUGGAAAUGUUACUUGUGGCACGAGGGAAGGUCAGUUCCAUGGCUUCUGGUGAUAUUGAUACAAUUUCAUGGAUAUCUGGUCACCUAAUUGAGCAAGCAUGGAAAGAGAUGGCUGAGACUCUCACAGAAGCUAACUUCGGUAACGCCCAAGAAAUUCUUGAAUCAGACCCACCAAAAUGGUUGCCUGACAGUGCAGCUUCAUCUUGCAUGUUAUGCAAUGUGAAAUUUCAUCCAAUUAUGUGCACCAGGCAUCAUUGUCGGUUCUGUGGAGGUAUAUUCUGUGGAGAGUGCACGAAAGGAAGGAGCUUGUUGCCAGAAAAGUUUCGCACUGGGGAUCCGCAACGGGUUUGUGAUGUUUGUUUCGUUCGUCUUGAGUCGGUCCAGCCAUUCUUGAUGGAUCAAGUAAGCCAUGCUGCACAGUUGCCAACACAUGAUCUGACUGACCUGAGUACAUUAAGAUCCUGGGUAAAUUUUCCAUGGGGCCAGUCAAUGGAGUACGAGAUCUACAAGGCCACAAAUACCAUUCGGGGUUAUACUAAGGUUGGUUCUCUGGCACCUGAAAAGAAAAUUCCAGAAGCUAUUCUACGAGAUGCCAAAGGGCUAGCCAUACUCACUGUUGUCAAAGUAGGAAUGAUGGUUACAUACAAUGUUGGAACUGGAUUGGUGGUUGCUCGAAGGGAAGAUGGUUCAUGGUCUCCACCCUCUGCCAUAUCUACCUUUGGUGUGGGCUGGGGUGCUCAGGCUGGAGGAGAAUUGACUGACUUCAUUAUAGUGCUGAGAACUAAUUCUGCUGUGAAGACCUUCAGUAGUAGUACACAUCUAUCAGUUGGAGCUGGUCUAAGUGCUGCAUUUGGAAUCAUUGGACGCACUGCAGAAGCAGAUGUGCGAGCUGGUGCUGGUUGCUAUGCAGCUUGUUAUACAUAUAGCUGCAGUAAAGGUGCUUUUGUUGGAUGUUCCCUUGAAGGGAGCGUUGUCACAACCCGUGCCCGAGAAAAUUCGAGAUUUUAUGGUAGCCAGUUACUAAAGGCAUCUGACAUACUUAUUGGAUCGUUGCCAAGGCCACCUGCAGCAGCCAUGCUCUACCGUGCACUGGGAGAUCUAUACCAGAAGCUUUAAGGGCUACCAUUACAGUUUCGAAAUGUAUAGUGUCCUUUGCAUUCAAGGUUCAGGAGCUGAAGUUCGUGUCUCUUGAAUUACUAUCAACCACUUUUAUUCCUUCGUAUACGAACAGUUAAUUCCCACAAUUCUUUUGCCAAUGUAAAUAGCUGCCUAAUGGUGUACAGUAUUGAUUAAACUAAAGGAAUAUGUGCUAUAUCUGACAAAAGCGAGGGAAGCUCCCUUGUCAGAUUUACAUUGAUGGUCAUAUUGAGAAAAAGGAAAAAAGGAAACUGGUGCACUUUGUUCUUCUUUGAAA